GUGUCGCGCCGCGCCGCCAGGACAUCAUCCCCGUUGCAGCAGCAGCAGCCUACUGCAUCCAUCCGUCUCAUUCGCCUACUUCUCUUUCCGUCUACUUGCAGCUCUGCAUCCUUCUCUCUCUCGUUCGCCUAAUCUUUUCUCUCUCUCUAUCUCACGUCUAGUCCGUCUCUCUGUGCGCGAGCCGUGUCGCGCUUUCUACCACGUCAAAGAGAGAGAGAGAGAGAGAGAGAUAGAGAGCCGCCCACGCAUGUGCGCGUCUUGAGCCGCCCUUCUCUCAGCAGCAGCAGCAACCCAGGUUACCAGCCGUCAGCUGUGCAUAUUCACGCCGCCGCCGCCGACGCACCUGCUCUGCCAGCGCCCAUACGAGCGAGAGAGCCGCCCACGCACGCAUCCUCGGCCAGUGCUGUAAUUACGUAAAGCCAGUGCGGGCGCGCGGCGAUAAAUUUUUCAGUGCUCAGAACAUAGGAUACUUCGUGAGAGAGAUUGGCGGGCGAAGUUUGCUCUCCGUCUGUGGUGCGGGAGAGAAAGAAAAGAGACAGUAUUGCACGGCCUAACCCUACUCUCUCGCGAGCGAGUGUGUUCGUGCUAUGAGUCGAGCUGCCGCAAUCGAGACUACCGCCGCCGCCGAACCGGACAUCGACUGCGUCCUCCUCCAACACCAGUUCUGAGAGCAAGUGCGACAGCUUCGCGAGUGAGAGAGACGGGGAGAGACCAGUCGCCGCAGGCAGCGCUGCGAUCGCGCAUAGUCGCUGCUCCACGCCGCCGCCGCCACCGGGCCGGGAGUGGGAGCGAGAGGAGAAGAGCCGAGUGUAAAAGAGAGAGAGAGAGAGCAACGUAUAGCCAUAGUGUGCGCAGUGGGGACGACUGGACUGCCGCCGCCGCCGCCGCCGAACAGCGAAGCGAAUGCCGCGCGCGAGUGGAGGGAAGAGAUACACGCUCGCUCGCUCCGUCCUCGUUUCUCGCUGUUGGCUGCUCCGCCGCGCGCCGCUACCGCCGCCGCCGUCAGUCCGCCUGUGCAGCCCGUGAACGUCGUGUGUCUGUCUCUCGACCGUCAGUGCGCGCGUUCGUUCUCUCAGUCCGACAGUACAGAGCCAGUCAAGCAUCUUUUUAACUCGACUCUUGUUGUCUCUUUAUCUUCUCACACACACCCACACACACACACAUCCGCCCGCACACAUCCACAUCCACACCCACACAGAUCAACGCUGCACGUGUAACGUCGUCGUCGUCGCCGUAGUCGUCGUCGUCGUCGUCGUCGUCGUCGCAGCCAGGCGCAGUCCGAGAGAACGCAGAUAAAGGCAGCCAGUGAGUUUUGUUGUUUCCUGCUGAGGAGAAUCAGCAGCAGCAGCAGUCUGUUUUUCAAGUAAAACAUUACUUCUGAAAAAAAAAAAAAGAAAAACAGUUCCAACGCGCUCUCAGCUUAGCCCUCCCCCCGAUUCCCCGAGCGCCGCCGCAGUCGACCGACAGUUUUCCUCGUGUUUCGUUCUAUACGUAUGCGCGCAUACAUAUGUAGAGCUGUCGACGUGCAAACACUGACAGCCUAAUAUCGAUAUUCCGAGAGUGUGUCUCGUCAGUAAUUGACAAGAGAAGCGCGCGAGUGUUGUAUUGAGUUGGUUCAUUUGACAAGUGCAUUGAUCGUAAAUAUAUAUACGAGAGUAUAUUGUGUGCCGCCGCAUCGACGGAAAACAUUCACGUGCGGAGAGUCAAUAGGAGUAUCUCUCUCCUCUUUCUCUCUGUGUUGUACCAACCGCAUCAUCGACAGCAGCAGCAACAGCCACGCGACUUCCAUCGAGUAGCAGCAGCCUAACCUCUAGCAGCGCGCUGACCGAUAUUAUCCCGGACAGAGAGAGAUCGUGGCCGACUUUUCGGCUUUCUUCUUCUUCCUCGGCGAAGCCAAGAGCCAUAGCUAGACAGAGCUGCGCAGAGGAGAGUGCCGGAAGUCAUCCGCGGAAGAAGCUGGGAGAGAGCGCGUCGACAUAAAUGACGUAAAAUCGAAGACAACGGAAGCGAAGUCACGCUAACUUGCUGUCCCUCCUCUCUUCUCUUUCCCCCCUCUUCUUCUCUUUCCAUCCCCUUCUCUCUCUAUCCAUCUCCUCUCGACCCUCGGCUUGUCUAUCGCUUUGUCGUCCGCCGCUUCCAAGAGAGUCGAGAGAAAGCACCUUCUUCUCCCUGGCUUCGCCCCCCCCCCCCCACGGAACUUCCGUAGAGUAACAGCCAAAAAACGCCGAGAACACAAACACCCGCUUGCUGUCUAUCUCUCUCUCUCUCUCCCUCAAUCGCACACGUAACACACCAAUGAGAAGACCGGGUGACCUGCAGCAGAAUCGCGCAGCAGCCAGAAGCAGCAACGGCAUACUGCAAGCUUGAGCCAGCAGCAGUGGUGUACUUAGCUUGGAGAGCUUUCAGCGCUUAGCGAGAGUUGUGCUCCCACAAGGGAGACGCGAGCGAGUGCAACACACAGAGAAAGCACGCGAAGAAGAGGAGAAGGGGAGACGAGAGAGAGCCGCGAGUGAUCAGCGCAGCAGCAAUCCGGUACACAGCAGCUACUACAACAGCAACGUCAGCAACAGCGACAACAGCGAGCGUCUGAUCGGAAGAGAGGUCUCGUAGGAAGACGAUGGCUAUGGUCAACAUGAACAAUUUACUCAACGGAAAGGACUCGCGGUGGUUGCAACUGGAGGUCUGCAGGGAAUUCCAGCGGCAGAAGUGCACCCGACCGGACACUGAGUGCAAGUUCGCGCAUCCGCCAGCCAACGUCGAAGUGCAAAAUGGACGAGUCACCGCCUGCUACGACAGUAUUAAGGGCCGGUGUAACCGGGAGAAGCCACCGUGCAAGUACUUCCACCCGCCACAGCACCUGAAGGACCAGCUCCUGAUAAACGGCCGAAAUCAUCUGGCGCUGAAGAACGCCCUCAUGCAACAAAUGGGUCUUAGCCCUGGCCAGCCUCUUGUGCCUGGUCAGGUGCCCACAGUGGAGUCCCAACCUCCUGCGCCAUCACACCAGCACCUUCAACAGCAAAUCCAGCAGCAACUGCUCGCUACCCACGCUCUUAUGGCGACGAAUCCCUACCUGCCCGGCAUGCCGCAGGUCGGCAACACGUACAGUCCGUACUUCGCGCCCAGUCCGAUAAUGCCGACCAUCAUGGGCCCGGACCCAACGGGCGUCGGCAGCCCCCUCGGCGUGGUACAGCAGACAGUGGCGAUGCCGCAGAAGAUGCCGCGCACGGAUCGGCUCGAGGUAUGUCGCGAGUUUCAACGCGGGGCGUGCAAACGCGGCGAGACGGAGUGCCGGUUUGCGCACCCCCUCGAGACGGUGCAGGCGAACGAGGACGGCUCUGUGACGGUCUGCAUGGACGCUGUCAAGGGCCGAUGCAAUCGAGACCCCUGCCGCUAUUUCCACCCCCCUCUGCACCUUCAAGCCCACAUUAAGGCCACACAAUCUCGGGCUAGCAUUGCGACGGCGCAGAUGCCGAUUGCCGGCGCAGUCUCGGCCAACGCCGUACCCGGAGGACUCCAGAACGCCAAUAUGGCGAGCAUUGAGCUCGGCAAGAAGCGGAUGCGCGACUCCAAUGAUGAUCUGCUAAUGAUGGACAUGAAGUCUGUCGGAUCGCUCUACUACGAGAACUUUGCCUUCCCAGGAAUGGUCCCGUACAAGCGUCCAGCGGGCGAUAAGUCCGGCGUGCCGGUCUACCAGCCGACCGGCGCAACGACCUACCAGCAGCUCAUGCAGCUCCAGCAGCCCUUCGUGCCUGUGUCAUGUGAGUACACUGGAACACCACCCCUACCCGGGUCCCAAAACUCGAGUCAGUCGGUUGUAGGCGCCGUGCAAAAUUCGAUACAAAGCCAGGCGAGCAACGCGGCGAACGCCGAGGCCGCUGCUAAUGGAAUACUCGUGGAUCCGAAUAAUCCACCGCCGCCUCCGCCCUCGAGCGCGACCAACGACAAACAGUCCGCUAACGCGAAUCACGAGUCCGAGUCCUCGUCGGCCGUCGGCCAAAACUCUCACGAAUUGAAUCACUCGGGCUCGUCCUCCCAACAGCAGCAACAGCAGCAAGCGCAGCAGCAGCAACAGCAGCAGCAACAGAUUAAUCAGCAGAUCCAUCACGCCCUCAGCGCCGCCGCGGCCCAUAACGCUUCCAUGAACGCCAUCACCUCGAUGGCCGGUCUCAGUUCCGUUCCCAAUCUCGUCAGCGCGAAUUCCAUGGCAUCCUCCAUCGCGAACCUCAACUCGAUCAAUAACAUGAACUACACCAUGGCAAACAUGACCAACAUCAACGCCCUCAACAGCCUCGGCAUGCCCUCGAACCUCUCCUUCAAUCCGGCCGCCCUGGCCAAGGAGGUCGCCCAGAAGAACUACGCCAAGGCCAUCAAGUUGUCCCAGCAGGCAGCGGCCAAUCAGCAAGCUGCGGCGGCCUCCUACGGCAUCAAUCCGCUCAACCCCCUUAACUACACCGGUGUAGCGCUCAACAAGCAGACCCUGGCCAGCCUCGGACAGCAGCCAGGUGCGGGGGUACCCGGAGCACCGGCUCCGCGGGCAAUGAUUCCUGGCCUCGCUGGCCUGCACGCCGGUACAGCCGGUCUCAGCUCUCCCCUGCCGGCCGGUCUGCUCGCGUACCGACCGCCGCCCUCGGCCACCCCGAUCAACCCCUACUCGUUCAUGAGGCAGCAGGCACUGCCGGGCAACCCCUACGCCGUCCAGGCUUCCAUUCCCGGUGCCUCGGUCCAGGCUUCGCCCUACGUUCAGAAUCCGUACGCCAUGCUUCCGGGUAUGCCCGGCGUCGCGGGUGCCAUGCAACAGAUUCCUGCCACCGGUCCGGCCACCAUCGCCGCGCAACCCCAGGUCGCAAUUCCCGCCGCGAGUACCGGUGUCAUAAUGCAGCCCUACAAGAAAAUGAAAACUACGUAAGCGCCAUCUGGCGGUAUGUCGAGCGCGAGCGCCCCCAACACGACUACUUCGGCGCCCUCUCGCGACGAGCCAUGGAAUUCGAUUCGAACUCGUUGCCGUGUGCACUAGGCGAUAGAUCGCGCUGCUGUUGGUCGCUACCGGCGUCGUUGCCCCCGCUCACCGGAUCUUCAUCGAAUACCGAUGACCGUAGCCUGGCGACCGGCGCACUUAUCAUUGCGAUAUCUGCGUUUCUCCAUACGUCGAGAUUUUGAACGAUACGGCUGCAACAGCGGACGCGAUAUUUAUCGUUGACCCUAUGGAGGCUUGCGAGAUUCGAACGAUUCUUGACCACUCGAUGUGUUACGAUGAUGACGAUUUCAGCGCGAAGAGUUCCGAAAGAAAGAAUAGUUUCAUUUUCUAGUCAGAAUCAUCGCUGAACAGUGCCUUAUUAUAAUGAAAGACGAGAAUAUAUACCGGUUUCAGAAAGUUCCGUUUAACGCGAACCGCCUUUAUUCUUUAAAUAUAUUUUGUUUUUUAUAUCGGUUAUCGAUGUAUCGCCAGAGAACUUCGACGUUUUUUAAUGACUAUUUUUUGACGGAUAUAUCGACUACGUGUGCCGUGCAUGUUGCACGUGAUGAUUAUUAGGGUUGUUUUAUUUUUGUUUUUUUUUCUUCCGUGGGGAUGAAAUAAGGAACGUCUGGAAGACAGUGUUUUGAUGUUUUUGAUUUUUAACGUUCUCUAGAGAACAGUAUAAAGAGAUAAAAAUUAUGAGUUUUACAGAAUUAUUGAUGAUAGUGCAGUUGAAAAACUGGUCUUGAUUAGAGAUUAAGGUUUUAUCUUUGACUAUUUCUUUUUUUUCUUUUAUCUCUAGCAUGUAACUUUUUAGUGUUUUUUUCUUCUUGCAAUCAAGUAAAUUAUAGGGUAAAUAUUUUUUAAAGAGAGUUAUUUUUAUGAUAAAUUUCUAUAAGAUUUAAGGUGAUUGUUCUAAUUAUUAUAUUAGUUAUACUUCAGUCAAAGCAUGUCAAUUACGUUUCUGCGGGAACGGUGUGUUGUUCUAGAGACUCUGAUGUGUUUGUUGACCAAUUUUUUUCUUUAAGCCGAUAAAAAUUAUGACUUCCCGGUCAAUAUACUAUAUAUUUCUCUUCCAGUGUUCCUCUUACUGUCCACUGUUAAUGAGUAAUUUUUUGCACUUUAUUUCUCUUUUAUCUUAGUAAGUCAGUUUUACAAAUUAUUUUAUCACAAUGUAAAGUACCUUGAAUUAGUUGUAUAAGUUGAUAAGUUUUUAAUCGAUUAUUCGAGUCACUUUUUUUAAGUUUUAAGUCGUUAUAAUUUAGCAAACGAAAGUUCCGUCUAUCAAAUUGUUUCCUAGUUGCAACUUGCCUCGCGCGGGAAAAUAUAAUUUUCACGCGAAAUCGAGCUUUUCGUCGGUUAAUUUUUUUUUUUAUCAACAAACGUCUGUUGUAUUUUAAUUAAUUAUAAGGGCAUCUAACAAUAUACGUUCAAACGGUUGUUUUGCAAGCAUUCAUUUUUCAUCGAUUCAAAUCGUGAGAGUUUGGUUAACUUGCCGAAAAACUUCGUGCUAUAAGACGAGGUCAAGGAACUGAUGUGCAUUAUCGAAUGCAUUUUCUCAAAGAAAGAGGCACAGAAUGUUGACGUAAAACACUGAUAAUCGUACUACCCGACUCAAACUUCACAAACGUACACGAGUUUCGUAUGAAGGCAUACAUAUACAUACACAAACACAGUCACUGGUCGCAUUUAAAGUGACGACGCUGUAAACGAAAGAAAACUGAUAAUUGUGAUGUAUUUUUUAUGAUUUCUUAUACAUACGAGUGGUCUAAAAUUCGCUGUAAAAGAAAGAGUAAAGCCUAGUGAAGAAAAACGAGUAAACAAAAGUUCAGUGUUGUCAUUGUUCGUUUAUGCGUAUAUAUGAGUUUAUUAUCCAUACUCAACACACGACUACACUAUAACUAUACUAUUACUAUACUGAUGAACAUUACACUUAUUCUAACAUUAAAAGCUCAAUUUCAAAAAGAAAAUGACUACUUUACAAUCAAACAGACUUGUAUAAACACGUACUUGCCAGUGAUUUGAGUCUUUAAACAGUCGCGUGAUACUGAGCGAACCCAAGCACGAAGAAUAGUUAAGUAAAAGACAAAAAAAAUAAGAACGAAGAACGAAGGGAAGCACACACUGACGUAACAAGUCGCAAAGUGUACGGAAAAAUUCAAGUGCAUUGUACAAUGAAGUAGCUUAGUUGUAUGACGCGGCGGAAGCCUCAAUGUGCCACAAAGAACAGUGGCGCGUGUCGUGCGACGUAUCGGAUUUUUUCACCUACUUGGUGUUUACGCGUAGCCUCCAAAUGACAGAACAUUGAUAACGCAGAGAAAAAUAACGACGAUACGGGAGGUAAAGAGAAAAAAAGGCCUAUUUGCCAUCCGACCGGAAGUGCCACUCGCGCCUUUGUUCCUUGGGUGGGGGACUUUGAAGCUUCUCGCGAGAUUAAAAGCGACUCUUUCGCGAACUGCCGGCGAAAGGAGAGAAACAAAAGAAACGCACAACACUCGGCCGAGUGUGACACGAAAAAAAAACAAGCAACGUACGCCUAUCUAAAGCGUCGGCCUCCUUACGGCGAAAACGAAAACGACAAAACAAAAAAAAAGCGAGAAAAGGUAGACGAGAAACCGGUGCAACGAGUAUUUUUUACUGUGAA